AUGGAAUACACUUAUCGCUGUUACCGUUGCAACUUCAACCUUCACGUCAGAUGUGCUUCUUUACUACCCACCUUGGAAGCUGAAUUCCAUGACCAUCCAUUGACACCCAUUUGGAAGUGGAUAACGUUCACUUGCGACCUUUGUGGCAUAAAAGAAGACAAAGGUAUGCCUUAUCUGUGUAAUCCAUGUGGUUUAUUGAUUCAUAGAAAGUGUGCUUAUUUCCCACGUAGACUCAAAGUUGUAUGUCACAAGCACCCUCUCCACAUCACCCAUUCUUCUCUUGAACUUGAUGAAUCCAACUCCCGAUUUUGUCUACUCUGUGUUCAAAAAGUGGACACACGCUAUGGGCUUUACUAUUGCUCCAAAUGCGAUUUCGUUGCCCACCUCAAUUGUACUUUAGACUGGAGAAAUAGGGAGGACAUAAAUUUGUUGGAAAUUAAAGAUGGAGAGAAUGAAGAUGCAGAGCUCAAUCAAUGUGUUGAGUCAGCAACAGCUUACAAAUCUUGCAAUGGCUUUCUCUACACUUGCCAAACAUGUCAUGUUGAACUUGAUGUUCAAUGUAGUUUGCUCUCAGACAUCCUUAUCCACGAAGGUCAUAAGCACCAACUUUUCCUCUCCUUCACAGGCAAUGAACAGAGUUGUAGCAGUUGUGGUUCUAAAAUUUACUUUGUAUUCCGUUGUACCACUUGUGAAUUUGCACUUGACUUUAAAUGUGCUACACUACCACAAACCACAAGGUACAAACAACACGAGCACCCCUUCAAUCUUAGUUAUACAGCUGAAGAUGAUUCUGGUGAAUAUUACUAUAAUAUCUGUGAAGAAGAAAGAAACUCAAACCAUUGGUUCUACUACUGUGCAGAUUGCACUUAUCCCGCACAUCCCGAAUAUAUUCUCGGGAAAUAUCCAAAUAGGAAGUAA